UCCCAGAAUGAUCAUAACCUCAAAGGCAGUUUGACAUUACAAUGAGUCCUGGAUGACACUUGUAGUCAUGACUCGAGGAUUUAUCCAAAAAUCAUUCACUUACCUGAGCAACGGUUUCCGAAAAUAGUGGCCCCUGUCGCCCACGGAUCACUUCAUGUAAUGGCUGAGGCUGAGCCUGAAAAUGACCAGAAGACUCUCAUUGACCUCUCUGAGGAGAAUCUUUUCGAGUUGCGUUGCCUGAUCAAAGCCUCGGGAAUAAUCCACAGUGCAAGAUGUGAAGUUGGUCGUCGUCAGUUGUUGGCCUUCACCACUCGGCGCACAGAUGUGGGAAUAUACUAUCAUUCGGAUAUCCACCAGCUCCCGGUGAUCAAGCGGAUUCCCUGGUACAGAGCACCGAACCGUACGAUAUCGGCCUUGUGCUUCGAUCCGACAGGUACAUGGCUCUUGGCUGCAAGUAUCGAUGGCUCCCUUCACAUGCUUCCAGCUUUGGCCCUUGUGGAUGAAACCCAGGUGGUAGAUCACAAGUGGUCCACCACGGAUGUCACACCGAUUCCCAUCGUCGACCUGCAGUCCUCGUACUCUCGUUCCACAGCCCUCACGUGGUGGCAGGGGGUAACCCAGUCCAGUCAUAUCGGCAUAAUUGGAACUGAGGAUGGUGAAGUAAUUUUUAUAAAUCUGGAGACCGGCCAGUGGAUAGGCUCGACCCGGGUUAGAGGGGCUAUCUCUUCCUUAGAUAUUUGCCAGGACAACAGCCUAGAAAUAGUUUCCCUACUCAUCACCAACAGAACCCGUCAGCAAUGGCGAUUGGUCCUUGAGCAGAGAACCAAUGGCUGCAUCUUCUCCCUCCACAAGACCUCGCCCUUUCACUCCAGAACGAUUGAGGUUGAGGAGACAAAAUCCUUCCCCACGAGGUCUCGUCUGCAAGGCUUGAAGCAACUGUCAGUCGAAAAACUAGCGUCUUUGAAACAAAAACUUGCUGAAUCUCGAAAUAAAAACACUCCGAGCUCAGUUUUUCGUCAAGACAGUGGCAGUAGCAGCGGAACGGAGGACUCAGACCCCUCGGGAAGGCGAGACACGCUGGUAAUCCCGGAACUCCUCUCAGAAGACACGUAUUUGUCCCCUCAAUAUACGAGACAGGGUCAGCACUUGUACACAGCCUACUGCGAGGGGACGAAUCAUAUCACCAUUCAUGGAACAGAUGUAUCUGUCGUUCCUCUGCAUAUGUACAAGAUGCCUGAGAUCUGCACGGACAUUCUCCUAACGCAAAGGCUCUUCUUCACGACUGGUCCACGGAGAAGAACCUUGUGGAUGAUCUCCUGUCCCUUAUCCGAGGUUCGAAUAAACAACGCCGAAGAUUCCCACUUCAACCCAGAGUCCAUAAUCUCGAGGUUUCAGUUUGACGAUGGACGAGAAGUAAUCAAUCACGUCUUCAGGGCUUCCGACUACAAACCUGUCACUGAUGAUCAGCAAUCCUCCAAAGACGACAAGAAAAAAGUUCUUCCUUCGAAAAUCGACGAUCUUAAUGUGGAGGUUCCACCCGUAGACACGUGUGUUGUCGUCACCAACUGUGGUAUAUACAAAAUUGUCCUGAGAAGGCCCUUGUUAAAUGUGUUCAUAGAACUGGCACUAAAGAACAAUAAAAGAGAUAUUGAAAAGGCUGCAAGGCUCGGCCUAGUAUUCGGUAUCAAUGUUCCUCAGCUAUUCGAGUGCGCAGGCGACAUUCAUCUUGCUAACAGUAGAUUCACAGAGGCAGCUGCACUUUACAAAUUAUCCAGGUGCAGGCUGUUAAAGGGAGUACUGAAGACCGCAGCGACUGGACACACUGAAAAACUCCUUGGAUGUCUAGGUCACUGUCUCGUACCACCUGCUGUCACUGAGCUUACGACAACUACGAGAAUUCAUCUGUCUAAUCUUACAGUCUUCGCAUUCAGUGAAUUAGUCCUUAGAGCCUCUCCAAAUGAGGCGACUGGGAUAUACAAGGAAUUCCUCCUGUUUUUAUCCAGGAACACGUACUAUGAUGAACGAUGGGUGGUCGAUGUGGUGGGUCAGACAUGCCUCUGGAAAGUUCUGCAUCAUUUAGCCAGUCAGAGAGGGCUUUAUGCUCAGGUCCUUGAUGUUCUCAUCAGGGCAGUGCAGUCGUACCCAGCGUCAUCAACGACUCCCUUGAACAGCAAAUAUGGAUUGAUGAUCUGUAUCAGUGAACCAAGUCUCCUUCAGUCUAUGCUGUCGACGCCGUCCCUCGUCCGGAGUCACAUGUCCUUCGUCCUAUCAAAUCUGCAAGAUCUUCAAGUCUUCGUUCUUCAGCGAUUGGUUACUCUCUAUGAUCCGACGAAUCCUAUUUUCAGGCCACUAUUGGUGAAGUACAGGGCAAGAAGAAGAACAACAUCUCACAGCUCUCAGUCGAGUCAGUGUGACUCUCUGGAUUCAUCUGACAUUCUCGACGAAACCGGCUCACUUGUUGAGGAAUUGAUUGAGACAUUUCUCUACGUAUUGCUGACCCUCAUCAGCAAGCGUUCGCCUGUCCUCACACACAAUCCCCUGUUAGUCUCGAAGAUCAAUCAUCCAGGAGUUGAAAAACGCCACAAUGUCGUUACGAAUGUCAAUUUCAGAAGAAGAUUGUUGUCAGCUGGCUAUGGACACGUGGCUUUGAUCAGGAAUGGUAAUGUUUUCACUUGGGGAUCUAGUUCACAAGGAUGUUUGGGUACUGGGCCAUCGAUAUCUAGGUACGGGUCACCUCAGGCUAUCACUAUCUUCAAGACAAUGGAGAUGGAGGUGUUGAGUGUUUCUUGUGGACGGAAUCAUACUCUGGCGGUUACAAAUAACGGAGUUUAUGCCUGGGGAGGGAGUCAAUAUGGGCAAUUGGGUCUGGGAAGGGUUCUCCAGUGUCCAAGUCCAGAACUGGUAAUUUCGCUGGCUCAGGAGGUAAUUGUGGAUGCCGUGGCUGGUCAGUACCACUCGGUGGCGUUGACCAUGGACGGAAGAGUUUUCACUUGGGGGUGGGGCGUCCAUGGACAGCUGGGGCAUGGCAACACUAAUGAGAGAAAUAUUCCGACUCUCGUCGAAGCUCUCCUCGGAAUUGUCAUCAAAACCGUUGCUGCGGGACAUGCACACACUCUACUUUUAUCUGAUGAUGGAGUUGUCUAUGCUUUUGGCUGUAACAUUUUCGGGCAGUUGGGAACGGGGAACACCACCAAAUCCACACUUCCAAUCAGAGUUUCAUUGCUACCAGAUCCGAUCUCCGAUAUCUCUACGUCGUACUUUCAUAAUCUCGCUCUGUCGAGCAGCAACGAACUCUACACUUGGGGGGCUAGUCCUCAAGUACUUCGUCUCCAAACUCAGGCACAGAAAAAAUCUAAACUUCUUGAAUUUCGAGCGGCCGCCAAGAAAUACGCUGAGAGUUUAGCGGAUUUCGAUCCAAGUGUUGAAUCAGGGGACGAGGAGCCAAGGAGCGACGUAUCUUCCAUCGAAAAAUUAGCUAUGAAGACAGUGAAUGAGCGAAGACAGAAUUGUCCUAACGUAGCGAAUAUUGUGGUGAGCCUGAGGGACAUAAACCUGGGACUUCUGGAGGAGACACAACUCCACCUGAAGCCCAGUCUAGUGGACACACAACUGGUGAACGGUAGGAUUGUUCAGAUAUCGACGGGCUGCCAUCACUCUGCACUGCUGACCAAGGAUGGUACUGUGUACACCUGGGGGAGAAACCUGGAUGGUCAGAUUGGUAACAGAACCCGAAAGGAUGUCCCCAUCCCGACUCCCCUGACCUACAACGCUGUUUCUAUACUAGCUCAGGUACCUCCACGAAACAACUCCAGACAUCGAGCUCAGAAUAGUGAAGAGGAUGCCAAUAUGAACGACACAAGAGGCGAUAUGAUGCACCUGGGGACAGCUACAUUGAGGAUUUGCUGUGGGUGUGAGUUCACAGUGGCUAUUCAGCCUGGUGGAGGAGUCCUAGCCUGGGGGAGCAAUAGUUUAGCACAGCUGGGUCGUCCACCCAGUAAGGAGAGUGGUGGUAAUGUAGCGGAGAAACUUGUUCUUAUUAAAUCUUCGAAACGAGUGGUGAGACUCCCUCAUGGAUCUCAUGUGGCUCAAGACUCUCCUAGUUUAGUUCCUCAUAUCCCUACUCCUAUUAUUACAUACCAGAGCUAUGAUGUGACACCUCUAGCUGGGAGAGUCAGACCAUUGAGCCUCGUGGAGAGGUCGUAUGGAGAUGUAACCCUUCAUUAUGCUCUGGAGCAGUUCAAUGGGAUUUACGAUGCUGGAAAAAUUAUGGAGAAGUGCGAUGAGCUGGAAAAUUAUCAAGCAAGAUCGAAACUAGCUCUGUUGGAGCAUAACUACUCGAUCUCACUGGCUUAUCAGUUGAAGACACUCAACCCUAAUAAUUAUAAGACUGCUUCGAUGUCUUCCGUUGAUGAUAGUGUAUUGGUAAAUAGAGUGAGUGAGGCUGAUGAGAAAGUUCGUGAGAAUACAGAGCUUUUUGUCAAGCAGAUUGAGAAGAAUAUUGUUGAUUCAUUGGAGGAAAGUGAGACUAAGAAAAGAGUUAAGAUGUCAACGAGCAAAUCGUUGGAUUGCAUUCAACUUAUCGAACAGGAAUUGCAUACGUUUGACUGUCAAGGGGGCUCGGAAGAGCUGUGUGAGGACGCAAAGAGUGAGGAUAAUAUCUCGUUGGACCUCACUGAGGGCGCCCUUGAUAACGACGUUGAGGAGAUGAGCCAUUUAAAGGACAGGAAUGAUGAUUUAACUAAUGGUGAUUUCAUCUCGGGGGAGGAAUACUCCAAGCCUGCGGAUCUCAUGACCACAGAUGCUUUGAAGUUCAUCAAGUUCUAUAUCAAUGAAAUCGAUGAGACUGCGUACAAAAUAAUGCGCCAAGUACUGCAGACGAUCUUCGAUUUUUGGAUUAAGAAUAAAUUGGACAUGGAGGUGCUGGAGGGAGUUCUCCUGGAGAACAUAAGGAAGCUUUUCUAUCCCCUGGGGCUUCUCCUCUUUUGCAAUCAUGAGGUUGACAUUUCAAUUCCCAGAGUCAUCGAUUAUGUGUCAGCGAAAUUCAGUGUUCAAGUUUGCACUUUGAUCCUUCAUCAUAUUGACGAAGGUAAACCCAGUCUCGAAUACAUUGAGCUGUUUUCAAUGCUCAUGGACGGGAGUUAUGAUCCACCAAUGACUGGGUAUCUCAGCUCGAAAGAGAGCAAGACCCCUGGGGAAAUGAUGGAGGACAUCAUCAGCACCAUCUCCUCCAAGUCCAGCGAUCCAAGACCUUUUAUUCAUAUUAAAGAUCCCGAGGAUGUUUCGCAAUUCCUAGAGUCCGAUGACGACACAAUUGUCUUCACCUGUGGUCAUCAUUUCUCAAUGUCUAUUUAUCAAUCCGAGGUACUACCUAAUAUGGAGGCUGAACUACUUGUUGCACAGCCACUACCACUACCAUGCACAGCACAAGUAUUGGGUAAUAUGCUUAGUCGUGUUUGUAAAACAGAUAUACUCUGUCCUCGAUGCGUCCCACGGGCGAUUCAAACAGCCACUAAAACUGUCAUGGAGAGAUAAUUAUUCCUCAGUGAUUCAUUGGGUAAGAUAAGAAUGACAAUUUUAGUUUCAAAAAAUACGUAAUACGAUUUUUUUUCUUUCAUUUCUAGUGCAAUAAAUUCUUGACUUUAGGGAAAUUAAAUUUGAAGAAAGGGUCUAAAAUUUGUAGACUUCUUCCAGGAAACAAAUGUUCGUUCAAAAAUACAAUGGAACUCUUCUUCGAGUUCUUAUAGAUCACGAAUGAAAAUUUAAUAAAAAUUUGUAUAGAAAGUCCUUUUUUGUCAAUUCAGUUUUUUCAUGUGUGUUCGAUAAAACACUUUUGUACCUUUUAUCAGUCAUUCUGUGCAGGUUCAUGGUACCUUCAACAGUGAUUUCAUAAGCUGAAGGAGAAAAAAAAUUCUAUUCUUUCAUGACAUGUCGCUGAUUUGAAUUUUUUUUGUAACCCUUGAAAUCACAGACAUUUAUGAAGAUAGUAAACUUUAUUAGUUUAACACGCACAGGAGAUGAUUUUUUACAGCCUUUUCAUUUACGAAACAUCGUUGGAUUUGUAACAUAGUUAAUUGUAGUAAUAAUGCGACUAAUAUUACCAGGAAAUUGUUAUUAUUGAAGUUUGUUAGAUAUGUGCAAUGAAUUGAUUGACAAGGUAUUGAAAUUGUUAUUAUUUCUCUGGCAUUUACAAUGCCUUUUUAACUUCGAUUAUAAUGAACUCCACCUGAACUACUGAUCGAUGGGUAUUACUAAUAGAUACUAGUCAACGGUUUUUUUUUCAACAGUAAUUAUUAAAUAUUAUUGUUGAUAUUUAUAUUAUUCUAGCGAACGAAAAAACUCGUAAAUAUAUCUCGAAUGAAUUAUUGUCAGGCUAUUGAGAAUUUCAUUGUAAGAAAGAUGAGAAAAACAGUAAUUUAAAAUGUACGUAGGUGAAAAAAAAAUAAUUAAAUUUCAGGAGAGAGAGAAAUUGUGAUGAAACUGAAAACGAGAGAGGUAAUAUUUAGGCAUAAUAAUGAAAAUAAUACUUUAAAAUCAAUAAAAAUUUAUGUACAAAAAUUAAGUCUAUUCAACAGACUCAAUUACAGAUAACCUUAAUAAUAAAUUGAUGUUACAAAGUACUAUUAUUCCACGUGAUUAUCAAUCACCUAGUUGAUCUGCUCUUCACUGGUGUCUUCAAGUUAUUAACAUUUUUUUAAAUUUCAUCUUCAUGACUAAGAGAAUUAAGUCUAUGGGUGUAACGAGCCAACUGGACUCGCUCCGUUUUUAUUUUAUUUGUUUUUAUUUUGUUCUUUUUUUUCGAAGUUCGUUGCAAGGAUUUUAAUGGAAGGGGUGGAGCCAUCACUUUGCGGAGUAGUGAGAGCCGAUGUUGGAGGGUGGACCUCGAUGAUGAUGAUGAUGGUGCUUGUGACCUGGGCCUGAGUACCUGCUUCCUGGACGUGAGUGAACAA